AUGGAGAGGCCGCGCUACAACGUCCACCUGCGGACGUCGGGGGAUAUUGCUGUGGGGAAGACGUCGCUUUUGCUUCGGUGGUUUCAGGACACCUUCUCAUCGGUCGAGUUGGUGACAAUCGGCGGCGAUGUGCACUCCAAGGUUGUGGACAUCCGCAACAUGAAGGUCAAGGUGGAGAUGAUCGACACCGGAGGACAGGAGAAGUUCAGACAGAUCACAAGCAGCUUCUACAGAAAGACGCAUGGCUUGAUGCUGGUGUACGACGUCUGCAGCCGAGCGUCCUUUGACGCCAUUCGCACCUCGUGGUUUAAAGAGGCCGAGCGAUACAUGUCGGGGGACAUCAAGGUGAUGAUGCUCGUGGGCAACAAGGAGGAUAAAGUUGCAGAGCGCGUGGUGAGCACAGAUGAAGGAAAGCGGCUAGCGGCUGAUCUGGGCAUCGACCACUUCCUGGAGACAUCGUGCAGCGAGGCGGUCAACGUGGAAGAGGCCUUUGACCUCUUGAUCGGAUCCGUCGUCGAGAAGAUGGAAGCGAAGAAGGGACCCGGCACGGUUUCCACACGGGAUACGAUCAGCAUUGGAGAGGAGCCCGAGAAGAAGAAGAAAGGUUGCGUUUUGUGGUGA